UCAUCAAAUUCCUCGGCUUUCUCUCGCUCUUUCCCUGCCUCACUCCCGGGCCAGGAGGGGGUGGGCGGGGAUCCUCACUGAACUACCCCAGGGCUUGGGGGGGCGCCUGCAAGCAGCUCCGGGUCUCCCCCCCAACCCCCCACCAUGUCCACGGGCUCCCUGAGCGAUGGGGAGGACCUGCAGGAGGUGGAGAUGCUGGACUGCGAUGGCCUGAAAAUGGAUUCUAGCAAAGAGUUUGGGGCGUCCACCGAGAGCAACGAGGAGGGCUCCACGUGCGAGCACGGCUCCCCCCCCAAGGGCCGGGGGGCGGCGGGCAAGAGGAAAAAGGCUCCCCCCAAGAAGAGCCCGCUGCACGGGGUGAGCCAGGAGGGCAAGCAGGUCCAGAGGAACGCGGCCAACGCCAGGGAGCGGGCCAGGAUGCGCGUGCUCAGCAAGGCUUUCUCCAGGCUGAAGACCACCCUGCCCUGGGUGCCCCCGGACACCAAGCUCUCCAAGCUGGACACCUUGAGGCUGGCCUCCAGCUACAUCGCGCACCUGCGGCAGAUCCUGGCCAACGACAAGUACGAGAACGGGUACAUCCACCCCGUCAACCUGACUUGGCCCUUUAUGGUGGCAGGCAAACCGGAGAGUGAGCUGAAAGAAGUGGUGAACACAAAUCGCUUGUGCGGACCUACAGCAUCCUGACCACCCGCCAGCAGAGGAGCCAGCCUUCAAUGCGCGUGCUGGGGGCGGAGGGGGGCCAGCAGGAGAAAGGUGGGGACCACCCCCACCCCACCCAGGGACACCGCCGAGCGACCCGAAGAGCCGAGCGCAUCGCCCCGAGGGGACCAAAUGUACCUUAGCAAAGACUCCACCCCAAAGACUCCCCCGCCCCCGGUAAAUUUAACUUUAUUAACGUCUGUACAGUCGAUCGUCCUGCAACGCAGCCUUGCUGGUUCGAGUGCCAGCGUUGUGUGCGAGAUCCCUCCGUCCACCCCCCAGCCUGCCCGCCUGUCUCUUCUUUUGUACGAUACUUGUGACAUAUGUAGAUGACUAGAAUACUGGACUUUGAUAGUCGCAGCUCUAAAUACGCGGUAAAGAUAUAUAGAUAUAUUUUCUUCAGCCAGGUCUUGCUAUAUUUCUGUGAAUAAAACCUUCCUUUCUAUAUGAAAAACACAAACUCCCCCCCACCAGCCGUGUCGUUUUCCUUUCCACCUCCCAGCGCUUUGCGGAAGGGCCCGGCUCUCCCGAAAGGCACCUCUUUUAUGUGGGCUGAGGCGUCAGGCAACAAAACUCUUUGACCCCAGAUUAGAUGAGGUGUUUAUUUUCCUAAUUAAAACGAUUUGGACCAUAUCCUUUUGGGGGGAGGAACGGGAGGGGGUUGGGGAAAAAAAUGAAUAACGGUGGCCUGUCAGUUUGCAGCUCUUUAUCACCAUAAUAAUAAUAAUGCUAAUCAUCA